AUGACUUUCCGCACCACCGCAGAAGAAAUGGAAAGGCUUCAAUUAUCCGAUGAUGAUACAGACGACCUCUGGAACUCUCCAUCCAACAAAGUGGCCCACAAAACUUUCAAAUCAAGGAUCUCCGACGAGAAGAUCACCCCAGAGCCUCGAGCUUCCCACGAAGGCGAUGAUCCACUCUUUGAUGCCCAAGAAGCCCGCGAGGCCGCCCUCCGGACAGAACUACAAGGUGUGCGGAGUAUCAAUGAGGUGAUUGAAGGACUUCUGAGUAGCUUGGACUCUGCCAAAGGAAACAUGGAGACCGUUUCACGAACUGUCACCUCGGCGUCGACCCUCCUCAAUACGUGGACUCGCAUUCUGUCACAAACCGAGCAUAAUCAGCGAUUGAUCCUCAAUCCCAAUUGGCAAGGCGCUACCCAGGAUGUGAUUGAUAUCGAGAACGAAGCGAUCCAAAGACAGCAAGCAGCCGAAAGACGUGAACAGGCCCUUCAGCAACAAAGAGAAGCGGCAGCUCGAAAAGCCGAGGAAGUCGAACGGCGACGUGCGCAGGUCACCCGAGGCACCCGAGGCACCCGCGGAACCACUCGAGACCAAUCGCCGGAGCUUGAACGUGCUCUAUCACCUCCUCACCCAGAUGCUCAUCGAGUAUCCCCAAACCUUCGAUCACCGCGUGGCUCAGCCGACCUACCAUCCCCCAGGCACUUUGGUGGGGGGCAUGGCAACACAGGCUAUGGACGAGACAUCGAGAGUGGCCAUGUAAGCCUGGGGGCCUUUGAGACAAGUCUCCCUAUUCGUAUGGAUGUGGAGGCAGCGCUAGCAUAUCUACUUCUGCCUCCGGCCGGGGGUGUAUUCCUGCUACUCACUGAGCACAAGAGCGAUUAUGUGCGAUUCCAUGCUUGGCAGUCUAGUAUGCUGUUUGCUACCAUGUUUAUCAUCCACCUCCUCUUCUGCUGGUCGAGCUUCCUCUCCUGGACAUUAUUUAUUAUCGAUCUGGCUCUAAUCGGCUUCCUCAGCAUGCAUGCCUAUCAAGAUGUUGAUACUUUGGACCACUUUGAAGUCCCGCUCUUUGGCCAUCUGGCUAACUCCUUUGUUGAUGAUGAAUGA